AUGGUUCAAGAUCCCUUCAAACCGGCCAAGAGAGUGUCGGGGCAGAGACAAGAUGUUUGGUCCAUUGUCAACGAAGCGGCCGAGGCAUCCAAUGUGAAGCCGAUGGUGAACAUGGGACAAGGGUUCUUUGGAUACAACCCUCCCGACUUCGUCAUCAACGCUGCGAAAGAGGCGCUGGGAAGAGUCGAAUGCAAUCAAUACUCCCCCACCAAGGGCCGUCCUCGAUUAAAGAAGGCCAUUGCCGAUGCAUACUCUCCCUUCUUCGAUCACCAGCUCAACCCCGACACCGAGGUCACCAUCACCACCGGCGCCAAUGAAGGGAUGCUCUCCGCUUUUAUGGGCUUCCUGGAGCAGGGCGAUGAAGUCAUCGUCUUCGAGCCCUUCUUCGACCAGUAUAUCUCCAAUAUCGAAAUGCCCGGUGGCAAAGUGGUCUACGUUCCGCUUCGCCCGCCAAAGGACGGCGAUAAGAAGACGACCAGUGCCGGCGAAUGGUCACUAGAUCUUAAAGAGCUCGAAGCUGCCAUCAACGAACGUACGCGCAUGCUCGUCCUCAACAGCCCACACAACCCCAUCGGCAAGGUCUUCACCAAAGACGAACUACAAGCCAUCGGCGACUUGUGCGUCAAGCACAACAUCAUCAUCCUCUCCGACGAAGUCUACGACCGCCUCUACUACGUGCCCUUCACGCGCAUCGGCAACCUCUCGCCUGAAAUCGCUAGGCUCACGCUCACGGUCGGCAGCGCAGGCAAGAACUUCUACGCCACGGGCUGGCGCGUAGGCUUCCUCAUCGGGCCGGAGCAUCUUAUCAAGUACGUGUCCGCCGCACACACGCGCAUCUGCUUCAGCAGCGUGUCACCUUUGCAAGAAGCCACGGCCGUGGCCUUUGAGCAAGCCGACGCACAUAACUUCUGGGAGGACAGCAAGAGAGAGAUGCAAGCGAAGGUGAAGCUGUUCUGCGAGGUGUUGGACGAGCUAGACCUGCCCUAUUCCAUCCCGGAAGGAGGAUACUUUGUCAUGGUGAACUUGGCGAAGAUCAAACUGCCAGAAGGCUACGAUUUCCCUCCUCAUGUCGCGAGUCGACCGAGGGAUUUCCAGCUGAGCUGGUUCUUGAUCAAGGAGGUGGGACUCGCUGCUAUCCCCCCGACCGAGUUCUUUACAGAUGAGCACGCUUAUAUGGCUGAGGACUGGCUACGGUUCGCGGUGUGCAAGAACGAUGAUGUGCUCGAGUUGGCGAAGGAGAGGAUGAGGGGACUGCGCAAGUAUAUUCAGUAG